UUUUUAGAAUUCAAGAUGGAAAAUGGAGAGAUGACAACCACAAAGAAAGUGAUAGCUACUAUAAAAUGUGAAAAUAACAUAAAGAGUGUAUCAUUAUGUGGAUCUUACCUCGUCGAAUAAUCGCCUGCCUGUGGAAUACAAAGAGAAACUACAAAACUGAGGACGUAUAAACCGAAUCGAUUAGUCUUCGACGAUACGCGGCCUCCCUAGCGACUUUAUAUAGAAAGAACUAGUGUUUGGACUAUUGUUUUCAAACCAAAAGUAAAAGAAGAAAUAAUCGAAAAUAUUGUAAUAUAAUAAAAAGCACUUAUUGCAUGCGUGCUUUUAUCAAAGGGCGGAGGAGUUAUAAGUCCCCUUGAGCUUUAUCAUUGCUGAGGUAGCAUCCUGACGAUAAUGUUAUUUUGUUCUUCAUAAUUCUUUUGAGGCAAUAAGAUUUAUAUAAAUAUGGGUACACGUACAAUUGUAAGUCAGUUCUUGACAAACCAAUAAAUAAAAUAUAAUAAAAUUUUUAAAAAAUCAAAUUUGUUUUCAAGGACAAAAACUGCGGCAUCUGAAAGUGAUUAAAAUAAAUAAUUUUUUUCAUAAUAGAAAAAUGUACGGUGGUAAAUCAUAACAAUAUUAUUAAUUGUUACAUUAACUUUACAGCAAUCAAAUUAGUUUGCAAAGAACCGAAUCGUACUUUGUAGAAAAUCAUUGUUUUUGUAAUUAUUAUUUUAUUUAUGACAAAUGUUCAUUUCGUUUAUGCUAGACGCAAUAACUACGCUGCUGUAGCAAGCGUACCUAUACUAUUUACAAAUCUUCUGGAGUCGUCCUGCGUCGGUUAUUUAUAAAUCAUACUUGCUGACGUUUCGCCAAUCAUCCUGAUGGCUUCUUCAAAGCUUAACUGAAAUUAGUUCGCAUUCUAUUUUAUACCUGCUUAUAUAUUGUUUGAGGGGGAUUGAUGUUGAGGAACGUUGUCUCGGAUGACUGAAUCCCAUAUUGGUGAAAGGUUGAGUUGCGGUUAAGACUGUGUGAUUGCUUAUUGCUUGUUUAUUUCUAUAGAUCCUCGGAUUUUUCGUUGGUAGAAAAAUUGAUCACAUACAAGAAUAAUUAGAUAUUCUAAGAAUGGGAAAUUAUUAGUAGUUUCUAAUUCAAUAGUAAAACGUAUGGGAUAGAGUGUAUAGAGUUUAAACGUCUAAGAAAAUCUACUAGGGAUUCUUGACCAUGAAGUCAAAUAACAAAAGUAUCAUCAAAGUAGCGCUUCCAUAAUUUUGGCCUUAGAUGGAAGGCUUGAGGGCUCUCUUCUGAAAGGCUAUCAUGAGUCAAGUUUGAAAAUGUAUCGAUUUCGGAUGAGGACAUUGAUUUGGUCUAUUUCUUUACGGAUAUGACGAAUUCCUUCUCGAAGUAUAGCAAAACUAGAUUUACAAAGAAUUUUACAAAUAGAUUUGGUUUUGAGAUGAUAUUUUAACAAAAUUAGGGACAACGUUAUAGUCUUUACAACGUAAUAAAAAGCAAGGAUUGGGUUCUAAUAUUGCAACCAGAGAACUUUUUAUCUCCAGAGUGUGCUAUUUCCCAUUCCUGAAUACGGUGGUAUAUUUUCUCCCAACUUGUUUUCCCACGCGGCAGUGUGCGACUUUGUGCCUCUAAAGUCUUUGGUCUAAGGUUCAAUCGGCUUCCCCCGUCGUGGAUAAUAAAUCUCCUCCGUUCAGGGGACACGUGAGAGUCAAACUCAAGAAAAUGCAGAAAGAAAAGGAGCGGAUGAAUAAAAUUGAAGGCGAAAAUUUUCUUCUGUUGAAGAAAAUGAGUUACAUCACACAAAAACAUUGGAUGGAUAAUUGGUUACCACCUCAGCCUAAUUUUCUCAGUAAAAUUGAACUGUAUAACGCUAGGCCCCUGUUAGUGAAACAAACUGAAUCUGAAAUGGAAAGCGAUAGUUGCGUCGAUAAGGCACCCAGGCACAGUAAAUUUAGAUGUUCCGCUUGUACGCUUCAGAAACUACCAGAAUUGAAGAUUGCCGAAAAAGAAAUACCCUUGAGAGUCCUACCAAAGGAACCCGUAGGCAGAAGUAGGAGCAAAUCUGUGCCUGCCACGAAACUUCUACCGACGAUAAUUGAAAAACCUCAUUCAGCGAACGCCGAAUAUACCAGCAAAUCGAAAAUGCUAAGACAUAAUAUUUUAAACAACGAAACUCAGAAAAUAACGUUGUCUAGGGGAUCAUUAAAACUGUCUGUAAAUUUUCCUCCUGACACUACCAUCAAGUUCGAUGACGGACAGUUUGAGAAAUACUUAACAAGGGGCCAUUGCCAUUCAAGUUUGAAGACCGAAGGAUUUUGCUUGAAAUACAACAUAUACUCCUUUCAAAUAUAAUUUUUGUAAUUAUGUAUUUGUUUUUGCACUGUUAAUUUAAUUUAGUGUUAGUAUAAUAUAAAUAUAGAUAAUUAAAAAAUAUUGCACCAGGAAACAUUUAAUUUUUAGUUAAAGCUAAAAAAGUUAUAUAGAAUUUGAAUAUCAGGUACGGAAACCUUAAUUAUAGAAAUAUACUUAACUUUAUAAAGAAAAUUGCCAAUUUCUAAGAAAUAAAUGAAAUAAAACGUUUUCUAUUCCAAGGUUAGGAGGGUGGCCUGUUUAUUAUCUCAGGACCUGUAAAAGAUAUAAAAAAAGACAAAAGUUGUUUGAAAUCACUUACACAUUUAAAAUAUUAUAAAACAUCCUGUAUAGCACAGGGCAAAUAAUUAUUUUAAAUUGCACUAUAAGAAGUUCAGAAUCUGAAGAAGCAUUUGAUGAAAAUCCUGAACUUAGUACUAUGAAUAUCUCGCACGUCUGGGUUUGGAAAAUCUUGCACGAUUUUUUAUUGUACCCAUAUCAUACUCAACGAAUCCUUGUGCAAAAUUGUUUGACUAGUUAGAGAUAAAGCUAACUUUUUCGGGAAUGCAAUCAGAAAUUUCCACAAUAACCAUAUUUUUGCCCAUGAAAACCCCCAUGCAGUUGUAGAACUUAAACGUCAAGAACAGUUUUCGGUAAAUGCUUGGGCUGGAAUUGUUAGAAAUUACUUAAUUGGACCCUUUUUCCUGAUAGAAAGGUUUAUUAUCGCCGGUUUUUAGCAGAGAAUUUGCCAAUAUUGCCAGAAGAAGUACCAUAUUUAAUUAGAAACACAAUGUGGUUUCAUAUUUACUUUAGUGUUGCAGUAAGAGAAUAUUUAAAUCACACAUUUAACAACCGAUGGGUAGAUCGCGGCGGACCUCAAUUAUGGCUCCCUAAGUCCCCAAAUUUAAAUAGUUUGGAUUUUUUCUUAUGGGGACAUCUUAAAAAUCUGGUUCAUCGCGCUCCAGUUAACACUGUAGAAGAGCUGAAGGAGCUUCCUGUGAUUUAAUAAGAAACACUGGAGGUUUAGUUCAGAAAAUGCGCGUCAAUAUCAGGAAAAGAGCUAAAAGAGUUAUUGAUUUGAGGUAGUAUUUUUUUAAAGAAUUAUUAUUUAUCUUGUUGCUAGGACGUUAUAUUACUUCAUUAAAACUGGAAAAGUAAAAGGAACAGUCUUCUAAUUUUUUUUUCUGAAGGACACUAGAUGAUAACUAAAAACUGAAUAUUUUGUUAAUUAUUGUUAUUAAAUUAGAAAACACCCUGUAUGUACAACAUGUUUGUAUUUUCGAAGGCACGCAACAACUUUCAAUAUGGAACAAAUUCUUUUAAAGAUCGGGUAUUGGAUUUCAAUAAACAUACUCACACACGGACAUAAUAAUUUGUUCUGCGAAUUCUUGCAGUAAAUAGAAAAUUUACUAUAUUUUCAAAUUCAGCUUCAAAUUUCACUCAUAGAACAUGUAGCAUAUAGUAUAUCAUUAAUUUGGAUUAUUUUGUAUCUAAUUCUAAAUUGUAAAUAACUUAAUCCAGUGUGGCAAUAUCUUAGAGAUUUUUCAGGCCAUUCUACUCAUCCUCUACCAAUCCACUGUUCAGGAAAUAUGGUAUUUAGAUAAUUACGCAAUUCUCGAGCAAAAUUGGAACAAACACCAUUCUGAUGAAACCAAAUCUGUCCAUCUGGCAUAUCAUAUUUGAUUUGGAUUUGACAAAGAAACUGCGAUAUUAGGAAUUAAGUUAUUUUGAAGAAAUUUUAAAUAUCGAGUAAGGAUAUACAAUACAAAUUUUUUUCAAAGAAACUUCCACAGGCUACUGUAAUGCUUUUUACCAAACUUCUGGAUUGCUGCUGAGUCGGUUUUUGCUUAGUCGAAAUUGCUGACGUUUCGCCAAUCAUCCUGUUGACUUCUUCAGACUGAAAUUGGCUCGUAUUUUACUCUGUACCUGCUUAUAUAUUGUUUGAGGGGGGCGCCAAUAAUAGAAAAUCAAACCUAACAUUAGGUCAUUGUGUUUACAGAAAACCUACGCACACAGACCGAUACUUUAAUGCAUGUUCAUAUUACUAUCCGGCCCAAAAGUCAUCGGUUAUCAACUCUCUUGUUUACAGAGCCGUAAAACUAUCUCAGCCCGAGUCACUGAAAACAGAAUUAAAACACCUUACCUCUGCUCUUCUCUCUAAUAAUUUCCACAUUAAAGAUAUUAAACGUUCCAUGAAAAAAUACAAAAAAUACACUUCACCACAACCUUUCAAUAGCAAUGAGGCCGAAAGCAAUCUUACACUUGCCACUGUGGUCCUUCCUUACAUUCAAAACAUCACUGACCACAUAUCAAAAGUUCUAAAGAAGUAUAACGUCCAAACCAGAUUUACGACUUAUCCCAAAAUCUCUCAACAUCUGCGGUCCGUCAAAGACAAAAUUCCAUUUGACACGCCAGGAGCUUACAGCAUUCCAUGCAUAUAUAGAAUACAUUGAAGAGACCGGAUGAAAAAUAUCAACUAGGCUCAAAGAACACGAAAGAGCCUUACGACUAAGACAAAUAAACUCAUCAGCUGUUGCCGAACACACUCAUGAAACCGGGCAUAAGAUUUUAUUCGAUAAAACUAAAAUUCUUGCAUGUAAUCAGUUCUUCUACCAACGAAAAAUCCGAGAGUAUAUAGAAACAACCUAAAAUCUAAAAUCGCGACUCGGGUCUCUACCUGUCUCCAAUUUGGGAAUCAGUCAUCCGAGACAGUGUUUAGCGCCCCCCUCAAACAAUAUAUAAGCAGGUACAGAGCCAGUUUCAGUCAAGCUCUGAAGAAGAAAACAGGAUGAUUGGCGAAACGUCGAUGAAAUCGAAUCUUUCGAAAGUAUCUACGUUCGUAUAAAAAUUUUAUAUCUCGGUAACGGCAGAGCCUAUGGGAUCGCUAUUGGUACAGAAAUGAUUUGAGUGUUUCGUGUGUUACCAUCAUUUUUUUUGUACUUAUGAUGAACACUUGUUAUGUUCCGGACUGUCUGGGGAAUUGUAAGAAUGGACCAAAAGUGGACAUUUUCUCAUUUCCACAAGCCGAAAAAAUGGAUUCAAGCAAUUAAAAGGGUUGAUUCGUUAGUUCCAACAAGAAACUCAAAUGUGAGUAGUUUUUAUUUCUUAAUUUUUUAUUCAGUGUUAUUAAUAUACAUCAGCAAGUUCGACUCAACAAACAACCGACGCAGGAGGAAUCCAGAAGUUUUGUAAAAAGCAAUAUACAAUUUUGUUUGUUUAUCGUACUGUUUAAACAAAAAGUGAUUUCGUCACCAGACAGAAUCUGACGAUGAAAAAAUAGAUUUAAGUUUCAGAUAAUCGUUCGGCUCCUGUAGUAAUUUUAUCUUGUACGGAUGCUGAUAGUUUUCCACUUUUAACAUACGCAAUUUUAUUUGAAACUUCUUUGGAAGCUAUACAAUGGAGAUGAUCUUCAACUUUUAAUAAAAUGUUUAAUCUCGUGUUUCCAUUAGUUUUUUUUUUCUUCCUGAGUUCUCGUUUUGUCUACAUAUCCAAUAAAAAUAAAAAUUGAAAUUCUCUAUGUUUCAUUUAGAGGAGCCAUUACUGAGACUAGCUACUUACCUGUUCAUUUCAUAAUUAGGUUUCUGAUUUAUUAACAGUUAUUAACUAUUAAAUGAGAAAGUAAAUUUUGAGCAAAUUUGACACAGAAUUACAAAAUGGAUUAAAAAAAAAUGGUGUUUGAUUUAAAGAAAAGCAACGUGUUGAAAUUUUAAUAAUAAAUAACUACAGGGUAGUUAAAAAAAUCAUUAAAAAUUAAAAUACAAAAGCGUUAGAAUUCUGUUUUUCAAAUGGAAACAAGAGGGGUACAGAGUUUGAUCAUUUCCGUUCUAUUAGUAUUAUGCUUGCACUAUGUUAGAGAAAACAAAUAAAAGCAUUUUUAAUAUUUACAGUAUUUUGCUCCCGAAACGAUUAGGUUUUCGACCUGAUUAUACUUACGAAAGUGCUCUUGCAGAUGCAAUAGAUAACAUUUUUAAUGAUUCAGAUCAUAACAAAGUUACUGGAUUUGUUUUACUAGACAAAGUCAAUUCAUGAUAAAUAAUAAAAUCCUCAUUUCAAUUCUUCAUCACUUAGGAUUCAGUGAAAUAUUUUAUAAAUUCGUAUCAUGCGUUGUACUUUUGCUUUACUUCUGUAAGCGAUUUUUACAUCCAGGUUUACAUCACUACAAUACUUUUAUUUUUCUCAGAAGUGCCUUAACGAAGCAAGUGAUUCUGAUUUGAAUAGGUUUUACGAAUUUGUCGCUCGUACUUAAUCCUUAUAAAUUCACAGUGAUGAUUGGAAAUGACUAUCAAAUUGAUAAUAUUAAUAGCAAAGUAAAAUUCUCUAUAAAGAACUCUGUUUUGCCUUUUUGUAGCACUUGCAAAAGUUUAGGACUUACUCUAGACUCUCGGCUAAAAUUUAGAGAGCGCGUUACAAGCAAAUUAAAGAUUGCAUAUAGUAAACCAAAAUUAAUUUAUCGAAGCCGUCAUUGUCUGUUAUACUUGGCACAGUUUAAUCAUUGUAACAGAGUAUUCGUGCCUUAUGUAGAUAAUAUAGAGAAUAUCGUAUUCAAAAGGUUCAAAACUGCUGGUCUUUUAGACUGAUAUAUGAAGUUAGACGUAGCACUCAUGUUUACGUCAGACUCUUUUAAUAUGUUCGAUAUAAACUUCACGCCCUGUUAUUCUAUUGCAAAAUCAUUCAAUAUGCGACACCGCCCUAUUUGUACAACAAAAUUAAAUUUCGAACGGAUAUUCACCAAUUUGAAUCUCCGUACUGUGCCUAAAGCAUCGAAACGAGCAUUUAAAAAGGUCCUUCUCAUACCAAAUUGCAAAUUCGAUUAAUCAAUAUCCCUCCUUAAUAUACUUUCCUCCGGCGCUAUUCACCCUAAAAAAUAUGUUUAAAAAUUGCCUUUGGCUAAGCAAAAUGCUUGCUAGCAAGAUUUCAUUUUCUUUUCUACCUAAUUAGACCUUUACUUAGAUAAUUCCCUGUCCUUAAUUCCCUCCCAAGCAUUGUUUUUUUCUAUUAUAUUAGGCCGUAACAGUAUAUGGCUGACUUUUUUAGCCCUUUGCUGCCAAAUUUAAUUAGGAAUAUGAUUUUGUAAAUUUGUUGUUAUUAUUGGUUAAAGCAAUAAAGCUAUAUUUAUUUAUUUAUAAUAACAGAUAAAAAAUGAUCAAGUUGUAUGGCAUCAAACUCUUAAACAUUAAAGCAUGGAAUAUCAAAAUGGCGACGUUCCAGUAUCGCUAUAUUGUUUUUUUUUCGCCCUAUUUUAGCAUUUUCAUAACCAACUAAUAGCAAAACAUAAAAGUCGUAUAGAAUUUUUACGGGGACAAAACAUUUUAUUGUAAAAAUCGACAACCUUUUGUAAUAAAGAACUUUAUAGAAAUUUCCAUCUUCUUUAAUGCUAAAUAGGAUAAAAAUAUAAAAACUUUUAAUAUUCUUUUUGAACAACUUAUAUGCAUUUAUUUUAAAAAAAAAUUCACAGACCACUCUACAGUAGACCUUCUUUUACAAAUGUCUAAAUAAACUCGUGGAAAAAAUUAACGCAACCUUAUAAAUUUGUUACAUUUUUGAUACUAUUUUUUUUCUGAAUUUUUGAUAGGAGCGAAAUGAUUGUUUUUGCGUUGUAGGUUGGUUCCUUGACAAUGUCACAGUUUUCGCUGAUAAUAAUAAAAUGUUUAUUUUUGAUUUAUACCGGGAGUAAUAAAAUUACAUGGAGAGAAAUCAAUAGAUAUAUGUAGACCUGCACACGCCACUAACAUAAAAUUCCAAAUAUCAAACAAUUUUAAAAUGCAUGUCCUCUUCAAAAUUUGAAAGUUCUUGUUUGCUCACUAAAAUACAAACAUCUUGUAUACAUAACACUAUAAUAUUUCAA